AUGAGUGACACAGACAAAAUUAUCGAAAUCAUCUGCUGUAUCUUCUUACCGGCCAUUAGGCGAUCUAAUUGGCACACAAAGGACUGUGGUAUGCCGGUGCUCAUCGACAUUCUACUCUGCUUCCUGUUUUGGAUCCCUGCUAUUAUCUACGCAUUUUGGUUUUGCUUCAUGAGACACUAA